AUUAUUUUAUUCGUGCAGGUUGAUGAUCUUACAGCAAAACUGGAAACUGCAUCUUCAAAAUGUCUAUACCUGGAUGCAAAAAACCAGCUUCUUACCCAGGAGUUAUCAUCUAUGAAGGAAAUGCAGAAGAAAUAUGAAAAACUAGAGAAGAAUAAAAAGAAGUUGAAACAACAAGUAGUACACCUCAGAAGUCAUUUAGAACUCAGUAUGGUAGAAUACAGUAAAAUAGAACAAUAUAAAUGGGAGCUUGAAGAAAGAAUAAGAUUGGACAUAACAGAAAAAUUAAAAGAAGCCAGUCUGUUUUUACAGACACAAGUAGCAUCUCAAGAAAGGUUAGGACAGUUAAGAGAAACUAAUAAUGCUUCAAUAAGAAGUCAAAUGGAACUCCGAAUUAAAGAAUUGGAAUUUGAACUAUCCAGAAUGAAAAGUUCUCGAGAUUUUUAUAAAACAGAAUUGGAAAAAUACAAGCAACUCUGCGUAGAAGAAUUAAAAGUUCAAACGUCAUUGACAAAUGAACUGAGCAAGACUAAUGAGAAGCUGGCAGAGACCAGUACCAAACUUCUGGUGGAGAAACAGCAAAAACAGUCUUUGAUUAAUACUAUUACUAUGAGGCCUGUCCUAGACUUGCCUUCUGUUAGAAAUAUUAAUAAUAGUUCACUGCUCAAUAGAAAUGUUGCUCCAAGAGAAAACCUAGUGAUUCUUACCCCACGCUCACGGCCUACAAAUAAUGGCAUUGAGACUUUCUUGACCAAGGUUAGUUAUGUUAUCUUUUUUUCUUGGGUUUCAGAUUUCUGAUAGAAUUUUUGUUUUUAAUUUGGUGAAAUUCUAAGACUACUUUCAGGGAUCAUUUCUAUAGUUUGUUAAUUUGGUGAAAUUCUGAGUUGUUUAACUGACUAACACACACUAAGUAAAAGUCAUAAUUAUAUGUGCUAAUAAAGAAAUGAAACAAAUUUUAUGAUAUUUUUUUAGUUCCUGGAGCUCUUG